UAAGUGGUAUUAUCCGGAGUGGAUAAAUCACUUACAGUUACAAUAAAACUUAUAGAUUAACUAUAGAAAAAAUCAGUGUGUAAUUGUUCAGCAUAUAAAUAGGUCGUUUCCAUAUAGUUUUCUCACUUUAGUUUUGAAAGUGACCAAGUGAUACACAGUAUGCAUUGUUCAAGUAUAAUAUUUGUCGCCGUCCUGUUUGUUGGCGGUACCAUCGCACAGGAUCCUGAUUGUGAAAAACAACAAUAUUGGCCUGAUGUCUACGACUGUACAAAAUACUACGAAUGUAAUACUCAGGGUGAGAAGGUUGAAAUGAGUUGUCCAUCAGGUCUUUACUGGAACCCCCUGCUUCUGACUUGUGAUCGCCCAGAAAACGUUGACUGUUCAUGGACUGUUGGUCCUACGGAGUCCACUGCACCUCCAACACCUGCUCCAACUACUGCAAACCCAACUGGAACAACAAUACCUCCAUGGCUUCGAUGUGACGUAAACGGCGAAUAUUUUCCAGAUACAACGAAUUGUCAAGCAUUUUACGAAUGUAUUAACAACGUAAAACAGCAUAUGAUCUGCCCUGAUCCUCUUUUGUGGAAUGUUCAUUUACCUGGAUGUACCGAGAGCUCUGACUGCUCGCAAAUUGAAACAUCAACAACACCUGCUUCCUGCACAAACGGUGAUAUGAAAGCUGAUGUUAAUAGCUGUCAUUAUUUCUAUAUUUGUGAAAGUAACCAGUGGGAGGGACCUAUCCAAUGUCCAGUAGAACUCUACUGGAGCGCAUCUAAAAGAGGGUGUGUCAAGAUUGAGGAUUCGGACUGUCCUGGUCACACAACAGUUGGUUAUCACUAGUGUUGAUAUUGUACGUUCCAUGAAUAAAUAAACCUUAAUAACAUAA